CUUACCCAGGCAAAAGGCGACUUUUGUGGCUUUCCUCUCAGUUUCAUUCGCGAUUUCACGGUGAUGGCAUCACAAGUGUGGAAAAAUGGGUUCCUAAGAGAUUAAAUUGAUCGUCAAUAUGCUCGAGUAACAAUCCUAAUAGUGCGAAAUGUUCCCCCAAGUCGUGAUGUUUCAUUUUGUGGCUUUUGAAUAAAGUGAACUUGAAAUACAUUUAACAUUUUGAGAAUUUAUAUAUUUGAGAUUAUCAGUGGAGUGGUUUUUUUUUAUUGGUUUGACUUGUGGAUUAAAAAAAUCCAUGAAACUCUACAAACUUUUAGACACCUUAAUCAACAAGUUUUGAGAAAAGUUUUCUCCUUUAUUGAGAAGGUGUGAUUAUAGCGAUAAGGAAUCACUAUAUGUACGCAAAAAAUAUAUAUGUGGUGAAAGAAAAGUGCUAACUUUGUCGUCAGCGUGUGAACGAGAACAUUUUGUAGAGCUAUUGAGAUGUGAGGAUUUAAAGAAAAAGUUAGUCCUAAUGGAGGAGAAGAGUGGAAGAGAUAGUGAAUUACAUGAACUUGUGAUGUGCAGAGGGAGAUAACUUCUCGUGAGCUUUUUUUAUACAAAAAAAAUAUUUCCAUGUGCCUCGUAACGAAAGCACAAUGAUGCACCAAUUAAGGCAACUUCUAAUCAUCCUCCUUGCAACACUUGCAUCCUGUGCCGCCCGUGAUGAAAGCUCCGUGGCACAGGGUAGUUUAAAUGUCCUCAAAAGGCACGAUCAUCGAAUACAUGGCAUUCAUCACGAGAGGACGAGAAGGAGUCAUAAUUUAUAUACAUCCCCCGAUGGAGGUGCAUUUCAUUACCCCAUCGAGAAUACGACGGCAUUUACAAGUGAGGACAUUGAUCAGUAUUUUGUGGACUUAGUAAGUGCACCUGCUGCGUCCCAUACCCUCCAGAAUGCCACGUGUAUCGAACACGAGGAUCCUGAUUGUGUAAUUGAUCACAACAUUACAUGCGUCGGUGAACCAAUGUACUGCAAUCUCACCUAUGAGGAGUACGUCAAUCUCGUCUACGACUACAUUUAUCCCUCAAUCUCCGAGUGGAUUCUCAUCUUCUCCCAUUCCAUCGUUUUUAUCAUGGGAUUGGUGGGAAAUGCUCUUGUGUGCAUUGCCGUCUAUACGAAUCACAGCAUGAGGACUGUGACGAACAUUUUCAUCGUAAAUCUGGCUGUGGCAGAUUUCUUUGUGAUUCUCUUCUGUUUACCACCAACUGUAGUAUGGGAUGUGACCGAGACGUGGUUCAUGGGGAAAACAAUGUGCAAGAUUGUCCUGUAUUUCCAAACCGUUUCCGUGACAGUUUCGGUGCUAACACUCACCUUCAUCUCAAUCGACCGAUGGUAUGCAAUUUGUUUUCCACUUCGGUAUGUGUCAACAAAUGAACGAGCCAUCGGAUCAAUCGCCUUUAUCUGGCUCGUAGCACUGAUUUCGGACAUUCCGGAAUUCCUCACGCUGACCACGCAGCAUAAGCAAUUGCGAUUUGGGAUCACCCUCUUUACGCAAUGUGUCGCCCAGUGGGACCUGGAGACGGAAAAGAAUUUCCACAUAGCUCGUUUUGUAAUGCUCUACACUUUGCCGCUCCUGAUAAUGACAAUUGCCUACUUCCAAAUUGUUCGUGUUCUGUGGAAAUCCGACACAAUACCCGGCCAUCGAGAGUCGAGGCAUCAUCAGCAAUACAAUUGUGGAUACUUGAGAAAUUCAGCAUUUCCCGCCAAUUCGGGAACGAUGGGGCAGCUGAGGAUGAGAAGGAAGGCCGCUAAGAUGCUUGUGGCUGUUGUUGUGAUGUUUGCCUGCUGCUAUUUCCCCGUCAACGUUCUCAAUGUUCUGAGAUAUACCAUAGAUAUUGGCCAAAGUGAAGUCAUCUCGAUCCUCUCUCUUUUCUCCCAUUGGCUGUGCUACGCAAACAGCGCUGUAAAUCCCGUCAUUUACAAUUUUAUGAGUGGAAAGUUUCGGCGGGAGUUUAAGAAUGCCCUUGAGAAGUGUCGCUGCUGCGGAGCAGGAAGGGAUCGUGUUGAGGAUCGAUCCAUGUACCACAGCGCACAUACACCGGGGACGCGCCUUAAUAAUGUGAGUCCCAGCUCCAGGAGUAACUACCAGUUGGCCAACAUUACGCGCCAGCAGACCCUUCAGACGUCCUUCAUUGAGAAUGGGCACAACAAUCAUCAUCAAGUGCUCCUAACCGCGGAUGAGAAGGCCCGACGGUCGUCGCGUCCUUGACGGGAGCGUCUAAAGUUGCGCGUCUCGUGGGUGGCUCGUGGGCGUCUUUCCAGCGUCAAUGAGUCAUCGCCACAGGGCUAAAAGAGUACCAACUCUGGCAGUUUGAGUACUGAACCCCAUUGAGAUUCCUAUGAGAUUCCUCCCGGGCACAAAUUUAUCCUUCCACGUGACUGCAAUGCUUGGGCGUGACCCCCUUCUAAAUAAAUCAACACUGCGUGAGUAGAGUAUGCACCACACACAGAGAAAUGUAUGGGAACAUUGAUAUAGAGAUUUUAAAGAGAAAUUAGAAUUUUUUCUGCAUUUUAAGAAAUCAAUUUAAAAUGUUUUUUAGACUUUUGUUCAAGUUAACUAUCAAA